AUGGCUACUCUUGGGAUGCCAAUAUCAAGUAUUAAGCAUGUUAAGGAUAUUGCAGAUGAAAUUAAAAUCAAUGAAAAUUCAAUUGUACCUGUUAGUAUUGCAGAUAUACAGAAAUCAUCCACAUUCCCUGUAUUGUUGUUUUUUCAAACUGGUUAUUUGACUAUCAAACAACAAGAAGGAACAAAUUUAGUUCUUGAAAUUCCAAACACAGAAGUAUGUGAGUCUUUGAUGGGUGAACUUUGGGCUAACUUUGACGAUACUUCAUUAGAAACAGCAUUUAAUUGA